UAAAGUUUCCAAAAAAGUUAGAAUAACUUCCUCUCUCCAAGACCUCAAUUUUUGCACAGCCUGGUCCUUGAAAUUAGAUCCCUUCAAGAGACCUGGAAAACGUUUGCUCAGCAAAACCCUCCUGUUUUUCCAAAGGCUCUGUCUCAGGAAUUUAAAGCACACUUUUAAAAAACACAGAGACACCCACCACUUGAGGAGGGGGGAGAAUUCCUUCCUUUCCCUCUCUCCCUCCCCUCCUUACUGAAAGAAUGGAAGAAAGUUCUAGCCCUCCUGCUUCUCCUGUGGACAGCCUGGGGACCAGUGAAGAGGAGCUGGAGAGGCAGCCAAAGAGGCUGGGAAGGAAGAGGAGAUACAGCAAGAAAUCCAGCGAAGAUGGAAGUCCAAACCCAGGCAAGAGGGGGAAGAAGUCCAGCCCCAGCGCACAGUCCUACGAGGAGCUCCAAAGCCAACGGAUCCUUGCCAAUGUCCGAGAGAGGCAGAGGACUCAGUCCCUCAACGAAGCUUUUGCAGCCUUGAGGAAAAUCAUUCCCACCCUGCCUUCAGACAAACUCAGUAAAAUCCAGACUCUCAAGCUUGCUGCCAGGUACAUAGACUUCCUCUACCAGGUCCUGCAGAGCGAUGAGAUGGACAAUAAGAUGACCAGCUGCAGCUAUGUGGCUCACGAGCGGCUCAGCUACGCCUUUUCUGUGUGGAGGAUGGAGGGAGCCUGGUCAAUGUCUGCCUCACACUAGCCAACAUCAGGGUAAAACCAAGGAUGACUGCCAAAGUGACUGUCCACUUCUGGAGACUGGAGUGGAGCUGAAAUGCAUCCAUGUUUGUAGCUUGUGAAACCUUAACAACCUCAAGAGAACUGGUCUAAAGGAACCACUUGAUUUCGCCUCCCCUUGAGCUCCUGCAGAGCAUUUAGAGAGACCAGAAACGCAGCACCAAAGCUAAUGGGUUUGAAAUGUUGCAACAUCUCUCCCCAAGAGACAAAACUAAAACACAAAGAGGCUAUUCAACUUUGUGUUUACUUGCUGGAGCUUGUGUGUGUGUGUGUGUGUGUGUGUGUGUGAGAGAGAGAGAGAGAGAGAGAGAGAGAGUGAGUUUUACAUUUUUUUAAAAAAAAAAUCAGGAACACAUUAAUGAGGAAUCCAUUGAUUUGGAUUUCAAAUUAUCUCUGUAUUUUUGUGUGAAUAGUUUAAUUAAAAUCAUGUUGUAUAAAGUAAUGUCAAAAACUGGACCAAGGCUCUUUAGAAAAGCAAACUUUCUAAAUUCUGCACAUUUCUUUUUCAUCAAGGAAGCCUGGAAUACACCUUUUUUCUCUUUUUGCAUCCAGCACCACCUUCCUUAUUGUUUUGCUUUAACCGGCCUCUUCCUUAUUGUUUAUUGUUUGUUUUAUUUAUUGAGAAAUCUUUAAACAAAAGACUGCAAAGGACGUGGUUUGUGUAUAAUGCUUCUCCAGCUCAAAAAAUUAAAA